CACAAAGCCACCGUAGCCUUUUUUAAAGACUGUGCGAAUGCCUUGUCGCCCAUCCAAGCUCCCGGUAGAAACAAUAUGACCUGAUUGUUUUACCAGAAGCCGAUCUCUGUGCCUAUUUGCAUUUCUAAAAUGAAGGAUAUGUAUAUGCACUCGUCUUGAGCUUGUCCAUGAUCCGUCGUGACAAAACCUUUAAAAAGUCUUUAAAAAGCACCAUACCGAAAAUAACGCAUCCAGGUACAUUUGCCCUCUGAUACAUAUUCUCAUAUGGGUUAUUGGAAGCAAAUUUGUUAUCAGCGAUAGGUUGUUUAUGUUGUUAAGACACAUCUCUCCGGCUAAAAAUAUAACAAACACACACACCAUGCAUAUGAGGAAAAUGUUUGUGUCGUUAUCGCGCAUGCAAACAGAUGCGAAGCACCUUGAUAAUAUUUUUUUACAGAUACUGUGGUUAAUAUAAAGUUUGCACAAACUUGUUCAAGUUUGGUUUAGAUCCAUCUAAAUCAAUAAGUGUCUUCAAUAAUAAAACGAUUGGUUAUGAUGAGCCGUAUAAUAUUCCGCUAUAUAAAGAGCUCGUGGAUUCCCGAGAUUCUGACUGCCGCUACAUUAUAUGUUUUCUAGCCUUUUUUUAGCGCGAAAAUGAAAGCUAAAAAAUACAUAUUCUGAUAAUUUUGCCUUAUAUAGUUUUUUUGUAGAAUAGCGCGGUCUUCAACCUUGCAUGAACUUAUAAUAUGAAGAUGUUUAUCACCUGUUGAAUAUUAAACGAUAGCCCUUCAUUCGGACACGCAAGAAAUACUUAAUUUGCUUGGGGCAUUUUUUAUUUCCUUAGACCCGAGGCCUUUGUUGACGCAUUACAGUGUUCAUUUCCGUUGUACAAAGCUAAUUGAAAGAGGUUGUUUUUCAUACAGUCGACUGGAUUAUAACGAGUUGUUAAAUAUAUUCGGCCAACAUACGAAGACAAUGUUUCUCGUACUUCUGAUAGCGGGCAUUUUCCUUGCUGUGGGCAAACUUAUCCAGUUUGUGAAGUGGCGAAGAAAAACGGACAAAAUUUUCAGUAAACUCCCGGGCCCCAUCGAACGCCAUUGGCUAUGGGGUAGUUAUGGGAAUAUGCCCGAGGACCAAAAUGCCCGUUGCGACGCAUUGAUUGACAUGUGUCGGACCCAUUCCAAAGAAACUGGCUUCAUGAGGGUAUGGGGAAUUUUGUGGACACCUAUCAUAGUUUGCUGUCACCCCUCAAGUGUGCGACAAAUACUACGAUCUUCUGAGCCGAAGCCAAUGAAUAUAACUGCCGGCUACAAGACACUGAUGGACUGGCUAGGACCUGGACUAUUAUUAACCAAUGGCGACAUUUGGGCCCGAAAACGUCGUCUUCUAACUAAAAACUUUCAUCCCACAAACAUUAAAACCUAUGUGACAAGCUGUAACGAAUCUGCAACGGAGUAUUUGACCAAACUUUCGAUGUUUGCGGACCAGAAGCAAGAGUUUGACGUGUAUUUACACAAUAAACUCUGCAUGUUGGACAUAGUACUUAGAAGUCUCGUGUCUUGCAAAAAGAACGUACAGUUCAGCGAACAGGGAAAGCUUUAUGUACAGAAAGUACGCGAGUUGACAGAAAUCAACGCUACAAGACUGAGAACUCCACUUAUAAUACCAAGUUUCCUUUUCUACCAGACAGAGAUGGGUCACACGUUCAAACGGAACUAUGAAUUCUUACAUGCUUUUUCGGAGAGUAUCAUUGAAGAACGGCUAGCUGACUAUGAAAGACGCAGUCCCGAUUUCGAUGGUAAUACCCCUGACGUAUUAGACACCUUGCUUACAGCUAGAGAUGAGAAUGGAGCACGUUUGCCACUCCUGGAUAUCAGACAUGAAGUCGACGGUUUAAUUAUAGGUUUCGACACGACCUCCACCUCCUGUUCUUGGAUUCUAUACAUGUUAGCGGAGCACCCUGAGAUCCAGGAACGUUGUAGAAGGGAGUUGAAUAACGUUCUGGGAGACAGAGAUGAAGUCGAAUGGGCAGAUUUACCAAAUCUAGAAUAUCUUACAAUGUGUAUAAAAGAAGGACUCCGUCUGUAUCCUACAAUUCCUUUUGUGGCCAGAGAAACUACAAAAGAUUUUGAAGUGGGUGGGGUCACCGUUCCAGCUAAAACCAUGAUAGCGAUUAACAUCUGGAUGCUUCACCACAACGAGAAUGUGUGGGGUCCGGAUCACUGGGAGUUCAAACCGGAACGAUUUAGCAAGGAAAACUGUUCAACAAUGGACCCGUACACAUUCGUGCCGUUCGCUGCCGGACCAAGGAAAUGUAUAGCUUAUCAGUUUGCAAUGGUCAUGAAUCAGAUCGUCCUUGCGAGGCUUCUUCAAAAUUUCGUAUUUCGGAUGGUACCCGGGUCCACAACGAAGAUAUUUCCACAGACGAUUUUGCGCGCUGAAAACGGCAUCAUGAUGACAGUAGAACGGUGUCGGCACUAAGUUGUAUUGCAUUUUAUGUGAUUGGGCCAUCAUUUGUCGCAACCGUGAAAUGAUUGUUGUUAAUUGAAAUUGUAUUAAAUGCGUUAGAACAUUUAUUCUGGGAAUGUCAGAAUGUCAGAUAUCUAAAUCGAUUAUUGUCGAAAUGUUUCCAGGAUCGUUCCCCUUUCAUUAAUAUUACAACUUUUCUACUUGGAUAUUUAACUAAGUCUGCUAGAGCAUUACAUAUUGUUACUUUGCAUAUUAUUUAUGCAUUUGUUUGCAAUUUUGAAAUAAAAUGGUAUUAAUUUUU